CAGUCUCUGCUUUUUCCGGCCAAGUCAGUUUCAGUUGCCUGUGGAGGGAGCGGACGAGGGCUCCCCGCUGACGCUCGGCUUCAAUUUUUUCCUCGACUUUUUCCAUUUCAGAGUAUUUUUUUUACUCUCCAGGACCCGAGUGGACGGACUUGCUGUGUUGACAAGGAUCAGGAAGCUGUGUCAGCCACGGUUUGAGAAAGGAACAUGGCUUCCCAGGCUGAUCUGAUGGAACUAGACAUGGCCAUGGAGCCAGACCGUAAGGCAGCAGUCAGUCACUGGCAGCAACAGUCCUACCUGGAUUCAGGCAUCCACUCAGGGGCCACCACAACUGCUCCAUCCCUCAGUGGGAAGGGCAACCCUGAGGAAGAUGAUGUUGACAGCAACCAGGUCAUGUAUGAGUGGGAGCAGGGCUUCAACCAGAACUUCUCCCAAGAGCAAGUACAAGACCUAGAUGGUCAGUACGCCAUGACACGUGCCCAGCGGGUUCGUGCAGCAAUGUUCCCAGAGACUCUUGAGGAGGGCAUGCAGAUCCCUUCUACACAGUAUGAUGCAGCAAACCCCACCAAUGUCCAGAGGCUGGCAGAGCCGUCACAAAUGCUCAAACAUGCUGUGGUCAAUCUGAUCAACUAUCAAGAUGAUGCUGAGCUGGCAACAAGAGCAAUACCAGAGCUCACCAAACUUCUCAAUGAUGAGGACCAGGUUGUAGUAAACAAAGCAGCAGUGAUGGUUAACCAGCUUUCGAAGAAAGAAGCUUCUCGCCACGCUAUCAUGCGCUCACCUCAGAUGGUAUCUGCUAUUGUGAGGACCAUGCAGAACACAAACGAUGUGGAAACAGCUCGCUGCACUGCAGGAACACUGCACAACCUUUCCCAUCACAGAGAGGGACUGCUGGCUAUCUUCAAGUCAGGAGGAAUACCAGCUCUAGUUAAAAUGCUGGGUUCACCAGUGGACUCUAUCCUGUUCUAUGCCAUCACCACCCUCCACAACCUUCUCCUGCACCAGGAAGGAGCCAAGAUGGCUGUUCGUUUAGCUGGCGGGCUACAGAAAAUGGUGGCUCUGCUCAGCAAAACCAAUGUCAAGUUUCUGGCCAUCACCACUGACUGUCUCCAAAUACUGGCCUAUGGAAACCAGGAAAGCAAGUUGAUAAUCCUGGCCAGUGGUGGCCCCCAAGCACUCGUCAACAUCAUGAGAACUUAUACCUAUGAGAAGCUGUUGUGGACCACAAGCCGUGUCCUCAAGGUUCUGUCGGUGUGCUCCAGUAACAAGCCUGCCAUUGUAGAGGCUGGAGGCAUGCAGGCUCUGGGACUCCACCUGACAGAUCCCAGCCAGAGACUGGUCCAGAACUGUCUCUGGACUCUCAGGAACUUGUCAGAUGCUGCCACCAAACAGGAGGGAAUGGAGGGUCUGCUAGGAACUCUGGUGCAGCUGCUUGGCAGUGAUGACAUUAACGUGGUGACCUGUGCGGCUGGCAUCUUGUCUAAUCUGACCUGCAACAACUACAAGAACAAGAUGAUGGUGUGCCAGGUUGGAGGCAUUGAGGCGUUGGUUCGCACGGUGCUUCGGGCUGGAGACAGAGAAGACAUCACAGAGCCAGCUAUUUGUGCCCUGCGUCAUCUCACUUCUCGACACCAGGAUGCUGAGAUGGCACAGAACGCUGUCAGACUGCACUAUGGCCUGCCUGUAGUGGUCAAAUUACUGCACCCGCCAUCACACUGGCCACUCAUCAAGGCUACAGUUGGUCUCAUCCGUAACCUGGCUCUCUGCCCUGCAAACCACGCCCCUUUGAGGGAGCAGGGCGCCAUCCCCAGACUGGUUCAGCUGCUGGUCAGAGCACAUCAAGACACACAAAGACGCACCAGCAUGGGAGGCACACAGCAGCAGUUUGUGGAGGGAGUACGUAUGGAGGAGAUUGUGGAAGGGUGUACAGGAGCACUUCACAUCCUGGCCAGAGAUGUCCACAACAGAAUAGUCAUCAGAGGACUCAACACCAUUCCACUCUUUGUACAGCUGCUGUAUUCUCCCAUUGAGAACAUCCAGCGUGUAGCAGCAGGCGUCCUGUGUGAGCUCGCUCAGGAUAAAGAGGCCGCUGAGGCCAUCGAAGCUGAGGGAGCCACUGCUCCACUCACAGAGCUAUUGCACAGCCGCAAUGAAGGAGUUGCCACAUACGCAGCAGCAGUUUUGUUCCGUAUGUCAGAGGACAAACCUCAAGACUACAAGAAGCGCCUCUCUGUAGAACUCACCAGCUCGCUCUUCAGGACAGAACCAAUGGCCUGGAACGAGACAGCAGAUCUGGGUUUGGAUAUCGGAGCUCAGGGUGAGCCUCUGGGCUACAGACCAGAAGACCCAAGUUACCGUUCUUUCCAUUCGGGGGGUUACGGAGGGGACACAAUGGGUAUGGAACCCAUGAUGGAUCAUGACUUGGGUGGAGGGCACCACCCUGGCCAGGACUACCCCCCUGUAGAAGGGCUGCCUGACCUGGGACAUGCCCAGGAACUGAUAGAGGGCCUGCCACCUGGCGACUCAAACCAACUGGCCUGGUUUGAUACCGACCUGUAAAUACCAAGACCAACAUUACACUACACUUUCUACUAGCUGUAUCAUGUAAUCUGGAUGAACCUGCAUCGUGAUUCGCCCAUAUGGAGGAGGCGAGGUUUCAGAAGUGCCUGAAGAUGACUCAACAACAGCAAGCAGAGUUUCCCGUCUACGGGGACUCCAUUGGGACAAACUAGAUUUGAGUGCGGUUUGGUUCUGGUUUCAGCCUGAUGGGGGCUGACCUCAAAUCCUGACAUGACACACAGAUUUUUCAAUAAUUAGUUUUCAAAUCCCUUUUAAUGUAAUUUUUUUCAUUUUUACUUUAUUUUUACUUUUUUAUUCUGUUUUCCUUAAGUCUGUAAUGGUACAACUGAAUCUAGCUUGCUUUUUCCAUUAUUCUGAAUUAUGAUACUCAUCUCUUGUUUUUGCAGUCCCUUGUAUUUUCAGUCUCUGGUAGUGUUGAGUUAUUAUUUUUAUUUUAUUUUAUUUUUUUUAGUGGUAAUGCUCCAUCCAAGUAAAGGAUCUGAUCACAUUUUAAAUGGUGUCCAAACACUAAAGUUAAUCAGUUGAAUUGUAUUCUGAUGAUCAAGUGUAACAUUGUGUAGCUUUUGUAUAAAAACAUGAAUUGGAAAUCAUGGUCCAAAUAUCAAGCUAUUUUCUUGCUUUAAAGGGAGACACUGAUGUCUCUGCUGUUCCAAAGGGGGUGUAGCUGACCUAGGUGGGUGGGAGUGUCUGAAAGGACAGGGGUGGAGGAGGGCUCCUAUUGGUCUGCUGUAAGUGGGUGGGGUAGUGAGAGGAGCUGGUUGCUGUAGCCUGCUGUGUUCUGAAACAAUAAAAUGGACUGUCAUUUCAA